AUGAGUGACAACACUAAUCUGGUUCCUCCAGCUUCAAACCAGGGUCCCACCACCCCACGCAAAGGUCCUCCCAAGUUCAAGCAGAGGCAGACUCGUCAGUUCAAGAGUAAACCGCCUAAGAAAGGUGUGAGAGGGUUUGGAGAUGACAUUCCAGGCAUGGAGGGGCUAGGAACAGAUAUCACGGUGAUUUGUCCCUGGGAGGCGUUCAGCCACCUGGAGUUGCAUGAGCUCGCUCAGUUCGGGAUUAUAUGA